AUGAAGGACGGGGUAAUCGUGAAUCCUGACAAAGUUCCAUACGAGGAAGAGAAAGUAAUCCAGAAUCCGGUGUUUAGCUGGGAUGACACUGGAUUUGUGCCCUACAUUACCGCGCUCGAUUCUCACAUAAUUGCCACCGUGACUGGUGGUGAUGAAUGGAGCUGCACAUCGGCUUUGUCUGAUUUGAAGGGGAAGUGCUAUCGAUGGUCACAGCAGCACGGUAAAAGAGUUCCGGCUGCAAAGGCAGCAGAAUUAAUGGCCGAGACACUGGCUUCUCACUGUGAUGGAGUGGGACUUCUCGCUGGGUGGGAAUAUGGGUGGGACAGUGACUAUGAACUGGGUCCUCACUUGUAUCACAUCGACAGUCUGGGUAUACUGAUUAAAGGGAAAAAAUUGGCUGCUGGAUCUGGAGUUCGAAUAGCAUAUUGUGCCUCGAAAGUGGAGGAUAUGAUUGAUAUAAAAAGGUGGAUGCUCGCAGAGAAUCCUAUGAUUCACUUUCCGGCGUUUCCAUUUGACGAAAAAUAUAAGGACUGGACUAUUUGGUCUGUAAAUGAAGCUGCCUGGUUUGCUGGAAGAGUGACAGCCUUUGCUGCAACUGGCCCCGAAAGUCGCGAAGUUGGUGGUUUCUUGAGUGGUAUGCUUGUUGUCCCCUGUUGCUCUCUUACAAUGUUUUGUGUCAAGCUUGAGAUUUGCAAUUCAAUCUGGGAUAUGUUGGAUUUUCCUUUUGAAGUUGAAGUAGUUUUGGGGGAAUGCCUGCUGAUAAGAGAGUUAGAGAUGAUAAUACACUUUAGUUUAAAUGCUCAUUAUGUAGUUGGUGUACUGUUUGCUUAUCAGAGAAUCAGAAAUGACUAG